AUGGCUUCUACUGCACUGAUAGCUUUCCUAUUCGAGUGUCCUGCUGCACUCAUGACAGUAGAAUUGUUUGGCUCGUGGGACAACUUCUCACGGGCUUACCGUAUGGAGAAAGACUCUCGCAAGGGUCCAUGUACCUGGUCCGGAUGCCACACUUUCCAGAAUAUCAUUUGUGACGGUGAUCCGCAGAAGCUCACUGAGAAAAGAGACGGAGGCCUCAAGAUGGGUGGGACCUAUUGGUACUACUACAAGCUGGAUGGGGAUAGCGAGUAUCACGAUCCUUCGCAACCAUCAACGACCGCGUGCCCUCUGUUGCCCGGACAGCGUGUGAAUAUCCUUGAGGUGCCAAGCGACGGUGGCAGUUCUUCCGAGCUGCACACUCAGAACCCGCAAGACAGAUACCGAAACCCGAUACCGCCCAUUACCGUUCCGUCCAAAGUGAUCCCCGCAUCCUCGCAGUUACCAGCAUCUCAAAGACACGCACCCGUACCACCAUCAGAGUCGACAUGCCGCCGAGCUUCGCCGAUCCGCAUUUCGAGUGGCAGCGUGGUGGAUGCGAGCAGCCCAGAGCGAUCAUCAAGCCACAAGAGAGGCAUCAGCUUGGUCUCCGAUGCACCGGUCAAAGUGUUUAAGUCCGCUCUAUGUCACCUCAAAGGAUUCGCAACCCCAUCCGUCUCGGGCGACCGUGCCAGGGGAACAUCCAGCGAGCGUCAGCAAAAUACCCGUGACACCAAUGCAGCACUGAACGGCGAACCGCGCCGAAGACUUCAGCAAACUCCCCUUGACGGACGAGAGGACGCUUCUGCCCGCAACCGGCAGAGGACAGCUUCCGCUGAGAAGGCGCCCAUGCCUGAAAGUGUUCGGCCAUCCUCCAGUUCCCAGGACAGGAAGCCCUCGUUGUCAACAGCGACAACCCAGCCAAGAAGAUCCAGCUUGGAUAAGGCAACCGGGGCUCAAACAAUUCGCGUGUCUUCAGACAGCGUGAGACAGGAGGAACAAGAAGGACGGCCUGUCACAAAGGCGUUGAGUGCCUACAGCAAAGCCCUGUGCGAAUACACCAGGGCGAUGACGCCGCCCAAGGCCGUGCUUCGAAAUGGCGUUGUGUUAGAGGAGCGGCCUCUUAGCCAGUCUAGCUACAUGCCUACUCUCGUCAAGGACACCGGCAUCGAGCCUGUGACUACAUCUCAGCCCUCGGUCGAUCCUCAUCAUGCAUCCCGAGUGCAAUCCCGGGACUCCCGGGACUCCCCAUCUCGACGAGGGGAUUCCUCGACUGGAGACUUGUCUACUGGCGUGUCACGGGAAUCAACUAUCGGCGAACCUCUCACAACUGUCAGCGCAAGCUCAAGCGAGUUGGAUCAAGUAGCGUCCUCCUCAUUGUUGCCAUUCCUGGAAGCGCAGUCACUUGACUUGCAUGCGAACCUAGCUCAAGCUCGCGAGGUCACGAUCUCGAAGUCACACAGGCCAACACUUCUUCGAAGCCAUUUCUCUGAAUGGAGCAACACGUCUGACCAACCUGUAUCACCAGCGGAACGGCCCGCUACUCCCCCCAACGUAGACGACGAUUGUUCACCAAUCUUUAGCUCACUGGAUGGCUCAAGUGGCCGUAGCAGUCCGAACCGGCAUUCCACCGACACGCAGGUGACAAUUACCCAAGUCGCCGCUGAUGAGGAUGAUUUGUCCAGGCACUCUGCUGGCAUGAGUAAUCCACAGAAUUCACAGUCGGCUGCCAGCGCUCUGCUGGAUCUCUACUUCAACUCCUCGGCGGCCUCGGAGCUCAACCCUUUCGACACCAACCUUGGCCAGCCUUACGCCACUCCCAUUUCUGAGUCGCCGCAGAUAGGGAUUGCACUUGGUGAGCCACUAGAAGUCUGCGGUCCACUCCCAGCUUCAAUGGAGUCUGAAAAUCUGAAGACCGACCCGCUUGGUGUCUUCGGUAGCUCCCAGAGCUACAGCCUUCCGCACGGAGAGACAACCUCGCAAUCAACCUUGACCAAGGGCCGAACUCACCGUGCUGCGUUCAUCAUGCCCGAAUCCUCUCACCAUGGACCUUUGUUACAUCAGCCACUGGAUGGCACCGGCCACAAUCUUUCCAUCACAGCGCAACUCAUGGACGAGUUUGCGUACCUAGGCGAUGUCGUCAACUAA